AUGUCGGCAUCUGAUUCUAGUGCAGCGCUUCUCAGUGCCAAGGGUUCGGCUGAUUCCUACACGAGUAGACCCUCGGACUCCGACCUGUCCCUGGAGGAGGAUAAGGAGGCGUCUCGGCGGGAAGCCGAGCGCCAGGCCGUGCUGCAGCUCGAGAGAGCCAAGUCCAAACCUGUGGCUUUUGCAGUGAAAACUAACGUGAGCUACUGUGGGGCUCUCGAUGAGGACUGUCCUGUGCAGGGCGCUGCCAUCAACUUUGAAGCCAAAGACUUUCUCCACAUCAAAGAGAAGUACAACAAUGACUGGUGGGUCGGACGGCUAGUAAAGGAGGGGGCUGACAUCAGCUUCAUCCCGAGUCCAGCCAAACUGGAGGCCAUGCGUGUCAAACAAGAGCUGAAAGCUGCACAGAGGAAAGCAGGAGGGAAUGCACAGUCAGGAGGCUGGAGGUCAACUCCUCCUUCAUCUGCUAAACAGAAGCAAAAGCAGACAGAGCAUGUUCCACCAUAUGAUGUCGUACCCUCCAUGAGGCCGGUUGUGCUGGUUGGACCCUCACUGAAAGGCUAUGAGGUGACAGAUAUGAUGCAGAAAGCACUGUUUGAUUUCCUAAAGCACAGGUUUGAUGGAAGAAUCUCUAUCACACGAGUGACUGCAGAUCUGUCUCUAGCCAAAAGGUCUGUGCUCAAUAAGAAAGCCCUUGUGGAGAGAUCCAACACACGCUCCAGCUUAGCUGAGGUCCAGAGUGAAAUAGAGAGGAUAUUUGAGCUGGCAAAGUCCUUGCAGUUGGUGGUACUAGACGCAGACACCAUUAACCACCCAGCACAACUGACAAAGACGUCCCUCGCUCCCAUCAUCGUGUAUGUCAAAGUGUCGUCGCCAAAGGUUCUCCAAAGACUCAUCAAAUCCAGGGGAAAGUCUCAAAGCAAGCACCUAAAUGUACAGAUGAUGGCAGGAGAUAAACUCGCCCAGUGUCCACCAGAAAUGUUUGAUGUCAUUCUGGAUGAGAAUCAGCUGGAGGAUGCGUGUGAACACUUGGCCGAGUACCUGGACAUCUACUGGCGUGCAACUCACCUGCCAGGCUCCGCCCCUGCAAACCCCAUAUUGGAGCAAAAGGUGGUAACCCCACCCUCAGGCAACUCCAGCCAACAGUUCUCUGAGACACAGGAAUUGAUUGAAUGAGUGCUGUCAAAGCUCUGGCUUACAGUACAAGUGGUGGAAAGUUCCAGAGCCUCCCUCAGUCUAUCUCUCAGAGGUCAGCCCCUCUCGGCCCCUGAGUGGAGCAGCUGCCCCCUGAGGGGGAGGAGGAUGGAGAAAUGAGGAAGAGGAUGAACUCCACCAUACUGGGCACACAGGAGGCACCACUUCGACCGCAACUAGCACAGGCCUGCGUGCCCUGUCUCCACGUCUCAGGACCGCUCCACUGCAGCACAACUUACACACACAUUUGCAACACAAUACCUGGCAGCACACACUUGAGAGCCCUAUUCGGAUAGGAUUAAUUCUACAUGGGCCGUCAAUUCUUUGCAGGUGCUACUCAAUGAUAUUAUUUUUUUUCCAGAUCGGCAGUGUUAGUGUAUUUCUCAAUCCUCCCCUGAGAAAAUCCCAGCCAAAUGAUCACUGGUCUGAUCAUUUUAGUGCUGCCCAAAUAGACAUUUCUGCAGUUUGAUCUUCCAUCCAUCCAUCCAUCUUCUAUACCGCUUUAUCCUUUUCAGGGUCACGGGGAAACCUGGAGCCUAUCCCAGGAAGCAUCUGGCACAAGGCGGGGUACACCCUGGACAGGGUGCCAAUCUAUCGCAGGGCACACAAUCACAUACACAUUCACACACCCAUUCAUACACUACGGACACUUUGGACAUGCCAAUCAGCCUACCAUGCAUGUCUUUGCAUGACUGGAGGAGGAAACCGGAGUACUCAGAGGAAACCCCCACAGCACGGAGAGAACAUGCCAACUCCGCACACAGCCGAACGUGCUAACUACUAAACCACUUGUACACACUCCUGCAUGUGGUUAGUCUUCUAUGCGCAGACCCACCUCUAGCAGUCCCAAUUAAUGGAGACCAUUGGACAGGUUUACCCCCAAAAUAUUUCAGUCUUCACUAGUAGCCCGUUAGAAGUGUAAUGACACAGACUGAUUCAAUUGCAUAUCAUAAUGAAAGCUAUAAAGCUUCACUUCAUUUUCAUGCCAGUAUAUCAUGAUUGCAAUUUAUAUUAAUACCUCAACUUUAUAACUAUUGGUAAAAAUCCUCUACUGCCACUGUCAUAUAUGGCAUCCCUCAAGGACCAGUCCUUGGUUCCCUUCUUUUCACCAUAUACAGUAUAUUCCUUUCCUUAACCAGAUCAUCUGCAGACAUGGUCUUAGCUUUCAUAGUUACACAGACAGAGAUUUAUCUCAGUACAAGGUCCACCACAGCUCUUCCUCCCACCUCUUUAACUGAAUGUAUUCAUGAUUACAUGAUAUAUAAAAUCAUAAACGGACACCAUCUUCCUUAAAUUAAACCCUGGCAAGACUAAAAUCUCGUCGCUCCUAAAUCUCGUCUCUAAAACUACUCAAUUUUCAUUCGACAUUGAUGGCACUGUUAAACCUUUUACAAAUCUCGAACAAUAUUUGACAACACACUUUGAACUUCAUUAGGUCACUCACGAAAGUCCUAUUUCUCACUUACAAAGCACUAAAUGGCCUCGCCCUGCCUCAACUGAGCUUCUACAGCCCUAAACCCCUGCCCAGACUCUCAACUCCAGCAAUACUAGUUUGCUAGUAGUGCCCAAGACCUCUCAUUUUAAAUGUUUGCUUAAAUCAUUUCUUUCUUCUACAACAUUUUCCCUUCCCCAAUAGGAUUUGCUUUCUCUUUUUUUUAAUGGUUUAAUACAUAGAUGUUUGUGCAGCGACCUUGAGUGUUAGAAAGAUGCUAUAUGAAAGGGAAAGCUUUCUUCCUCUUCUUAUUCUUAUUCAUCUUCUUAUUCUUAUUAUUAUUAUUCAUGAUCCAGUAAUGUGAUCAUAUUGCCAUUUAUACAUGGGAAACAAACCAUGCUUCCAACAUUAAUUCACAGUCAUCCAGAUGCAAAUGUUUUCACGAAGGAGGCAUACAAAUAUUUUAUUACAGACAUUAACCUGAGAAACCCAUGCCAUCCGAAUAGGGCUAUUCAAACAACACACAUUCACAUACAAACAACCACACACAUAACCGCAUAUACACAAAUACACACAUUUUCAUCACAGUACCAGUGAGGACACAUUCGCAUACACACAACAGCCAAAACACACACACACACACACACACACACACACACACACACACACACACACACACACACACACACACACACUCCUAGUCUGAAUGGUCACACUGAGAGCUGGAUUGAGAGCCACAGGGCUUUUCCCAGCUCCUGGGUGAAACCUUCUGUCAGCUGAUCUCUGCCAACCUGCCACUGCUCUCUGUGGUGAAGUUGGCACUGGCAUCAGAGGGUCACCACAUUUUCCCACAGAGAGGAGAGCCUAUCACAUCCUCUUACUGCACUGCCGAUCUGGUCAAACACACACACAAACACACACACACACACAAACACACACACACACACACACACACACACACACACACACACACACACACACACACACACACACACACAUCACCUCCUGCCCAGCUACUGCCCUGCUGCUCGCCCAGGCCAUCUUCCUGCUCACUAUAAUUUAUUUAUGUGCUGAAAUUGCCCAACACAACUGGCUCAUCAAUAAUAAUUUAUAAACCUGUAUUUAUUCAGCACAUCUGCAGAGAGGAUACAGCAGUGAUAAGAACUCAAUCAGUCAUUGUCUUUGUCCCAGAAUCAUUUAUGUAAGAAUUUACGUUAGCAGAAGCCUCCAAUUCUCCAAUAUAUGAUAUAAUUUUAUACACAUAAAUACAUACAAUAUCUGAAUCUGAGAAUGAGCUAGAAAGACCCAUUUAAGCAAGAAAAGUCCAUUCCUUUUUCUCUCUCUUCCAUGCAAAGAGGCCAUCCAUUAUUAGUUAUUUUGCUAUUUUACAUCAUCUUAACCUAAGAUUGAAGUAUGUGGAGCAGCAUAGUUUAAAAAAAAAUUGAAAAAAAAAAUUAACUUAUAGAGGCGAAUUGGUCAAAUGAAAACAUCUAAAGAUGUGACAACUUUUAAAUAAUAACGCAGCAAUGGGAAAGAAUUGUCUCAGCAAUCAUCUGGUUGUUGAAUGAACCACCCUGAACUUAUGCUAGCCAGCUAAUGGGAACUACAUCUUUGGCAUUAAAAUCCAAUCUAAUUCAAUUCAAGUCAACUUCUCUGUCAUACGUAUGCUCAGGUUUACAGUAUAAAUUAAAUGAUUUUUGGCUAGAUGUGUUAACACACUAGCACAUUCAAAGAAGAAAAUAGAUAUAAACAACAUUAAGCACCGGAAUAUACGCAUUAUAUACACGAUCAUUAGUUAUAUAGUGGCAGUGAAAAUGUUGCUAUAUAUCUAAGUAAUAAGCUUAGUGUGUGUCUAUGCGAGUAUCUGUACUUUAGAGUUUUUAAAUAUAUUAAUAUGAAAUUCUUCUCCUUGUAGACAUUUAAGUACACGUACAUUACUCAUGAUUUGGCUCUAGGGCAAGUAGCCCUACAAGGCUGUAGUGAGUAAUGAAACCAAUUGCAUUCCAAAUCUUUUUACUUUCAAAUGUUUCACCAAUCUUUUAAUAACCAGCAACCCUUUACUCUCCAAGCAAAGCAUCCAUGUAUUGGUAAAUUUGGUAAUUAGUUGUUUCCCCCAGUUAAUAACAAACCAAAUGCAUGACAUAAAUGGACCUUCUCCUACCCAGACACCCUAAAGGAUAGAAGAUGAGGUGGAGGAAAGACUCCAAACUGGCUCUAUUAAAAGCCAGUAAAAUGAUAUGCUCUGGGUGACUAGCAUUUGAAAUUAUCCCAGAUCUGUUUUAAUUUGAAAAGCAUAUUAACAUCAGUUCUUUAGAAAGACAUUUGAAGUGGCAGGCAGGGGGUGUUAGAGACUUGAGCAGGAUGAAAUGUGGUUGGGAGGGCCACACAGCCUACCUCGUCUAGUGUAAAAGGUGCCAAAUGAAUUUCAAUGGAUUUUUACUUGAUGACAAACAGAGAGAAAAAAGUGUGAGAGAGAACAAACACAUUAGUGAUGCCAGUGGAUGGUUAACUGACAGGCCAGUUUAUAGUAAAAGGGUCACCACUGACUGUAGAGUUCAGGGUGCCUGUGGCUCUACAAGUUGAAAAGUUUAGCUCAGCUGGGACAUGGACAGAGCUGAGGGUACUGAGUGCAAAAACUCCUGUGUGAAGGGGAAAGAGCGUGAGGAUGGGUGGCCAAGGUAUUGUUGUCCAUUGUACAUACAGUAUGAGGAUAUUAAAACCAUUGAAAGUGGUAUUUGGUGGAACUAGACUGAGCUGGAAUGAUGGACAUGUUGAACAUCUCUCACUUUAGCACUGCUGCUGCUGAGGCUCACAUCCUGUAGGGCAGAGCUGCGGGAGGCUACAGAUGGCCCUUCAAGUGAGCUGGUACUCUGAGCCAGGAAUCGCUGCUUGCUCUUGGGAUUUGAUGAGAACUACAAGAAGUUUGGGCUGCUCUGUGGAAAUCCAGUCAAAUGCUUUCAUUUCAUUGUUUCUGAUCCUGAGGUAUUCACUCUGCACUGGUCUAUAGAAACACUCUGGAAGAAGUGUGCAGGACUGACGAAGUGCUUUGCUGGCACUUUGCGUAGGUUCUUCUCCAUUUUCGAAAUCUCAGCAGAAAUAUUUUAGCUCUGUUGGCCUGCAUUGUAAGGAGGUUGCACACUGUUUAUACAUGUCUGAGAUUUAUCCAUAAGGUUUUACAGGUUUUUGUGUUCUUCAAGAAGUUGACAUUGAGUGGAUGGAACUGAGAAUCUUCUUGGCCUCCUGGUGUCACUUGUGGAGCUGAAGUACCUGUCUCAAGUUGUGCAGCAGAACUUAUGUCUUGUCCAGAAAUUUUUGAGUCUUCCAAGGUACUUCUCCAGGAGCUGUUGCAAUUUCUGAUAUUGCUGGCACACCUCCACUUUCAGCUGAUCCACCUUAUCCUCCACCUGUCAUUUGUCUGAUCCCAGCUUGUACAACAGCUCUUUGAUGUCUUGCACUUAAUCAUUGAUACUUCAUCAGCAUGUGCCUUAUGUCAUAUGCCUUAUGUUCUGAUGCAAUUCCACGUCACAGACACCAAAGCCUUGGCUGACUGCACAACUGGAUAAGCAGCAGUACUGGCACAUGGUCACCUGCUCAGUCUCACAGUGAUGCAUGCAUGGCCUCUACAUCUAUCAGCAGAUGCCUUGAAUUUGUUGGCUGAAGGUGCUUUUUAGUGUGUGAUGGGCAACAGGGUGCUUUGUCCUCAUCUACAAAUGAUGGCUAGUUCUUUUUUUUUUUUUUUUGUUCUUCAUAGCAUUGAACUUCUCUAAUAUCUUGUUUGGGUGGUUUUAGUUUGAUGUUUGUCUAAAGACUGAGCCUGUUUGUAGGCCUGAGAAUACUCUGGACACCUUUGGCUCAGAACUCGUAGCUGCAUGGGGUCCACGAACACAUCCAGAUAUAUGAAGCAGAUGAGCUCCUCCUCAGAACAAUUCUUCUAGGCCUCAGCAAUCUCAGCUGUCUCGGUAGAAGAUAUACAGGCCAGUUUUAUGUUAUAGGCUUUUAAACUAUUUAAAAUAUGUCACUAGUAAUUCGGCAUGCCGUUUCAAUUAUUCUCAUACUCCACUUAUAAAACUAAAUAAGCGGCAUAAUAAAUAACUGCAUAAAUAACUGUUGAUAAACCUCCAUGGACGGGUUUAUGGAGCGUCUCUUCCACCCAUGUUCAAUCAAAUUCCGCAGCCAAGCCAGAAAUCAGGGAUCUGAAUGGUGCAAUCAGAUAACAAUGGACAUGUUAUUGAAAACCUGUGGUGCUUUAUAAAAAACUAAACUGGAGUUCUAAUUCUACGAUAUGAGAUGCCGCUCAUAUUGGCUCUCCAUCAAGAAACAUUAUUUUGGCUAUGAGAGUGCUUGUUAUAUGAGACAACAACUGCAGUGAUUAUUACGCUGAUAUCCCAGGCAAUUUUGUAGACCAUUGGGGGGGGGGGGCAGUAUAGCACAUAAUAAAUAGCCAAAACAUUAUUGUACACAUUUAUAUAAUGAGCCGCUAUUUGAAUAAUUGGAUCAUGAUCAGUGAAGGUCACUGAAAUUUAUUUUACAGUUUAAAGCGAUCCCAUUUUGGGAACGCUUGCACCAAUCUAACCUUUUAAAAAGUAUUAUUUUGCUAUCUGUCAUUGUUAAACGUUAAAGUGUUUUCCAAAAUAUAUUGCCUUUCCAUUGGGACGUUCUAAAAUGCGUAAUGUGAAAAAAGCUUAACAUGGCUUCAUGUACCAAAACAACGUUCAUGUGACAUAAAAUCUCUCAUGGACUUUCGUUGUCAUAAACACUAUCCACUUCCCAAAGGACAAAACAGUCAUCAAAAUAGAGAACACAAUCAUUUUCACAAACGUCUGUGCAGGUUUAAGCAAACGUCCAAAGGUAGAAUGUCUUCCUACAGCUACACAACUGUGUUGUGUGAAGAAAACUAAAUUGCGAUAUUGAAAUAAUGGAAUUAAUAGAGAAAAAAAAUCUAUAUAAUAAUGCAUGGCCUCUCUGUACUUUCUGGUUUUCAUUGAUUAUUCAGAACAGUAAAUAUAACCUUUAUUGCUCAAUGAGUAAUAAAGGUGAAAUAUAGUACAACUUUAUACUUCUAAUGUGGCAUUAUUAUACACAGUGACCCAUUUAUUGGUCACUGUGGAUUUCUAGUAAGAAUGAGGCAAUAGGAGACCCAUUUAAAGGAAUAGUGGCAACACAUUACAACACUGUUCAGUUACUCUAAGCAGAAAUGAAUGAGUAGUAAUAUAUUAACACCCUUGUUACUAUUAUUAACUAUUAACGAUCACUGGGUAAUUACUUAGUAAGUAAUAAUAAUGGAAUGGUUUGGUAGUCAACUGUCUGCCAAGUAAUAAUUACCGAGUAUUAUAUUUCUUCUGGAGAAAUAUAAUACUCGGUAAAAAAAUAAUUAUAAAAAAUAUAAUACUCGGAAAAUAUAACUCAUUAGUUAUCACUUUACAAUAUGCAUGUUUUUGUGAUUGAAAGUGGUGAUUAUUUAGAAGGAACGAUGACACACUUUUGCAGAAAAGAAUGAUGGGAGGUACGAACUCCAUUCUGGUGGACAUCAGAGCUUCAUCUAGAGUCUCAUUUGUAGGUCAAUGUGCAAAUACUCCAUACUGUUCCUCCUUAGUCCCAGUAAAGUUAUCACUGAGUUACUGAACAGUAUUGCAAAGUGUUACCAAAAUAGUUUAGCAAAGAUUUAUACAACGUACACAAUUCCCCCCAACCCCAUAUGAAAUAUACUAGCCAGGACUUCAUCUGCUUCUUUAGUUUUCCUCUGGUUCUACAGGAAGCUAACAAGUAAGAGAAGUCUAUCUCAAACUAAAUCUUUUCCAUAAAUACAUGCCUAAACCUUCAUAUACAUGCUUCAGAUGACAUCAUUAAGCUGAAUUAAGCUAUUUAUACCACAGCAUGGCUGAAUUCUUGAAUCAGGCAAGUGUUAAUUUAUUUGAUAUAACCUCAGCUUUGACAGUAUUUCCUGCUGUAACAUAAGUGAUAAAUUUAUAUUAAUGCGCUCUUUCUAAUGUGUUAUUCUUCCUUUAGUAAAAGCUCACACACAGGGACUUGGCUUUGCAUAAUUUAAGGCUAAUAAUAAAACGAUUUGUUGCUAUAAUAAAAACUGUGUUGCUAUUUUAAAAAGAAAAAUGUAUAGUUUUUGAUAUGAUUAAGUUUUCUGUUAUGUACCUUUUUAAGGAAGGAGUCUUCAGUAUCAGUGCUUGUAAUAGUCAGUUACACAGUCUACAGGAGAGUCUUCAGGAUAGAGGAAUUUGUGCUUUACGGUUUAUUGUUAACAUAUCAAGCUGCAUUUUUUUUUUUUUUUUUGCUUGUUUUUUUUUUAUUUUUAUUAACUUCAAGAGAGAGAAAAAGAAGAAGCUGGUGGGGAAACGCCUGUUCAUAGCUGCUAUAACAUAAGUGAUAACAUGGAUGUUCCAUAACAUUAAAUAUAAACUAUAACUAUAAAUUGUUCAAAAGCAUGAUGUGCUGUUCAAAUUAAAAUGUUUAAUUUGAUGGCGAUGUGCUGUGGUAUAAGAGGAAUAAUACACUUAUAAGAGGUAUUAGAGGCUGUGCUGUUACAGGAUAAUAAUCCACUUGGUAACAUUAUCACACCACCCCACUGUGGAUUGUUUUCCUAAAACAGCAUGGCCCAGAGUGUGUUAUUCCUUACUUAGCAUCAACACAACUUCCAGUUUAACUGGUACAACUCUGCCCUUCAAAAUUUGCUAGACUGAUGGUGAAAAAAUGAUGCCAAACUGCAUUAAGGUAAAAAUGUAUUCCUGUUAUUUAUCUGUCUAGAUUAGAGUAAGCCAUGGAAAAGAUUUUGGAUGAGGCUUACUUGCCUCAUACAAAUUUGCCUCGUAGCUCUAAUGUCGGACCUCAAACAUAUCUUAGUUGAUGAAUUCUGUAAAUUAGAGGGUUUUUUUUUUUUUUUUUAACUGAAUCAUUUUAAUACCACUGCUUAUACAUAUCAUAAUCAUUCAUCUUCAGUAAGCACUUUAUCCUGGUCAGGGUUGUGGUGGAGGCGGAACCUGUCCCAAAAUUCAUAUUCUCAAUUCUAUCAUAUUUAAAUAUCCUUCCAGUCAAGCGUUAUUGAACAAAUGGAGUUUCUUUUUUUAAUUAUUAUUAUUACAGUUUAAUCUCAGACCAAACAAAAUGAUACAAAUAGCAAUUGAAUAAAGAAACUAAGUCAGUGUGGAACUUAUUAUUAACGGUUUGCUCAGAUCCUAAUGGGACUCUAAAUGAGUAUUGUUUUGUUUUUUUUGUUUUUUUUAAAGCUGGCAUUCUUGGAGGGUAAAUCUGAUAAACUAUAGAAAAACCUUAUAGACAGUGCUAGUUUUAACUGUAAAACAUACACAUGGACUGUACUAUGAGUGAUAAAGAUUUUGGACAAUAUAUUGUGUCAAUAGAAAUACGCCAUUUAAAAUUUAAAAAAAAAAACUCAAUUCCCUAAGCAUUUAAGUUCUUAAAGCUAUUCCUUGGUUUGAUUUUCAGACUUUAGUGUUUUCAUGACAAAAUAUAUACAGGGUACAAAAACUUAUGACUGGCAGUGUAUAUUUCUUUGUUUAAACGCAGAGAUUUUAAAUGCCCAGAUUGUCCGCUCAUACCUCCAUUUGCUGAUCUUUAGUAUUUCAUUUACUAAAGAUCAGCAUAUGGAGAUCAUUUUAGUCACAAAUCUGAUGCUCUUGUUCAUUCAUUCUUGCCUGCUUCAUUCUGUUCAUUCGAUCUUGCCUGCUGUUUUUCCGCACAAAGAAACUACACCUCGGAAGGGAAUGUAUCUUAAAAUUCACUGGAUAAAUAUGUUACAACUUGCAAGACAAUCUUUCAGCUUAUCUAACACUAACCUAACCCACCGUAUACAUGUAGAUCUGAUCAUUCUGUAUAGUAUAGUUCAUUAAGAGCAUGCAUUCAUACUUCACCUUCUCCAGGGGUUUUUUCAAGUUUGCUUCAUGCCCCACAUGUAUAGAACAAGCCUGCCAGGAUCAUCAAAGAUGGCUCAGUACAAACUGCUCGUGUAUAUAUGUUAAACUGUUACCGUUAAAGGAAUAUUGCACCCAGAAAUGCUGUAUUGCUUAAAAUGAUUCAAAAUUUCACUUUUUAGCUAAGCAUCCUCCAUUAGCUUUUAAAUCGUUAUCAUGUUAAGCGAUUCUUUUUAGCAUUCAUGAGUAAAAAUAUUCCUUUCAUAUUUUUUAGCACAUGUAUUUAUGCAUAUACGCAUAUCCAAAAAAAAUUUUAAAUGCAAAUAAUUCUAAACUUCUUCCUACACAUGUACUAUAUCAUUAUUUAUCUCUAGCACUAAAGUUGUUUGGGACCAUGCAAAUCUACUGCUAGUUCUUAUGAAAUGAUGUUUGUGGUUUGAAAAGCAAAAAAAAAAAAAAAAAAAAAAAAAAAAUGCAAGAAUGCAAGUGACACUUGAAGCACAGCAAAAUCUGUUCUUCCUAUUCGAUGGCGUCUACUAAAUACCACAAAGUGAUGUCUUUUGCGACACAAAAUGCAUUUGAAAUUCUAGGUUUUUGUUUUGGUUAUCUGUGUUUUUCCACACAGAUAACUUCUGUAUGCAAUACGAAGACAAGCAGAGAUAGAGGAAUACUUAGACUAUAUAUUAACGAGAUGGAAAUCUAUACAAUUGCACUGUUUUCUUUUUUAAGAGUCUGCUUUACAAUGCAAGAAAUGCACUUUGUAUAUCUGUGUGUAUAUCCUCUUCUGAUAGUUUUUACAGUGUAUGACAGAAAAGGCAUCCACUAAUAUAAUCACUUGAACACAAACUCACAUAAAAAGCUACUACCCUAGACCCUGCACUGUAUGGAUUCUCUGCUCUGAAAGUUAAAAAUAAAUAAAAUAAAGAUGAA